AGGACUGUGGCUCUGAAGAGGAGGAUGAGGAGGAAGGGGAAGAGGAGGAGGAGGAGGAGGGGGGUAAAGAUGCCCUGGUAGAGGAGAUGCUACAGCAGGGGGAUACAGCGGUCAUCUACCCCGAAGCUCCAGAGGACGAGCAGAAGAGCAUGGCUGAGAGAAGGGUCCCAGACGAGAAUGGCACGCCAGACGCUCUUUCCCAGCUCCUGACCUGCCCGUACUGCUCGCGGGGCUACAAGCGCUGCACCGCCCUGAAGGAGCACAUCAAGCUGCGCCACGAGAAGAGCGAGGACAACUUCAGCUGCUCCCAGUGCAGCUACACCUUCGCCUACCGCACACAGCUGGACCGUCAUAUGACCCAACACAAGACUCAACACAAGGAACCUGUACAGCGCCACAUGCCCCAAACCACGACAACAACAGGGGGGAAUAGGAAGUUCAUGUGUACAGAGUGUUCCAAGGCUUUUAAAUACAAGCACCACCUGAAGGAGCACCUACGUAUUCACAGCGGAGAGAAGCCAUACGAGUGCCCCAACUGCAAGAAGAGGUUUUCCCACUCGGGGUCCUACAGCUCCCACAUCAGCAGUAAGAAGUGUGUUGGCAUGGUGCCUGUCAACGGUACCCCCCGACCAGUCAUGAAGGCCUCCCAGACCCCCAGCACCCAGAACCAGCUUUCCAGCACUGCCCCCGUAGCCCCUACCCGACUGCUCCUCCGGGGGGAGAAGACAGAUGGCAAGCCCCUUCAGGAGCAGCUCCCCGUCAACCAGAUCAAAUCAGAGCCGGUGGAAUAUGAGUACAAGCCGGUAGCGGUGGGGCCCAACGGGGCGGCAGGGACUAAUGGGACAGUGUUUACCGGUGGCAUGGCGGUAUCCCAGGGCACGGCGCUGCCACAGGGCAUGGUCCAAGCGGUGGUACUGCCCACCGUUGGUUUGAUGUCUCCUAUCAGUAUUAAUCUCAGCGACCUGCAGAACGUACUCAAGGUGGCCAUGGAUGGGAACGUGUUUCGCCAGGUGCUGGGGACGGCCAACGGGCUGGUGACGUCCAAGCAGGGGGUGGUGGGGCAGGCUGGGCAGCAGGUCAUCUCAGCCAUCAGCCUCCCUGGCUUCGUGGACCAAGACGGAACCACCAAGAUCAUUAUUAACUACACCUUGGAGCCCAGCUUGGCCCAACAGCCCAGCGCACCUCAGCUCCUCAAGAAGGAACCUCCCCCUGCCCCCACCACCACAAACACACAGCCAGCCUCCAAAGUAACAGAGAAACUCACCCAGGCCCUCAGCAUCAUCAAGACCGAGCAGCCCGACUCUGAGUCUGAGAAGGAGAUGGAGAAAGACGAGGCUCGGGCCGAGGCAGAGCAGAGUAAGGAGGGUGAAACACCAAAGGCCCAGACAGGCAAGACAACAUGUCUGCUGUGUGAUGACUGUCCUGGUGGUUUGGAUGCUUUGCACAUGCUCCAGCACUGUAAACCUACUAAUGGGGAGGGGGGCGACGGCAGCCCCCUGGACCCCUCUAUCGCCGCCCUGCUGGCAGAAGCAGGGAUAACACCAGGCCAGCCCCCUCUGAAGAACCUGCUCUCCCUCCUCAAGGCCUACUUUGCCUUAAACGCAGAGCCCACCGAGGAAGAGCUGGCCAAGAUCUCCGACAACGUCAGCUUGCCCGUGGACAUAGUCAAGAAAUGGUUUGAGAAGAUGCAGUCCGGUCAGACUACUGCCGAGCCGCCUGGUUCCUCUUCCCCUCUACCUUCAACAGGUCCUAGCACAGAGACCCAGGCGGCCCAAGAGAAGAGCGGCCAGCAGACAGAGGAGCAACUCGCCUCGGCCCAAACCCAGGAGACAUCGUCUUCCCAACCUCCCAGCAGUUCCCCUGCCUCGACCUCCGCCUCCCCCUUGGUCUCAGCCUCGGCUCCCUCACCACUAAACCUCUCCUCCAGCGGCCAGGUCAUCGUGAAAACGGAGGAGGACUCGGAGGGCGAGUCUCAAGAUCUUCCCCUGGACCUGUCCCUGCCCAGGCAGCCCCAAUCAGAGCCCCAGGUCCCCCAUGUCCCCCAGGAGCAACCCCUCAACCUCACCUGUUUGAAGAAGGAAACGCCCCAGCUCCAGUCCCAGCUCCAGGCCCAGCUCCAGGCGCAGCUCCAACCCCAGCUCCAGGCCCAGCUCCAGGCCCAGCUCCCAGGGUUCCAAACCCAGCUCCAGGCUCAGGGAACCACCAACACCAUCUACGUCACUUCCCCAUCGCAGAUGGCCACCUCCAGCCCGGUUAAUAUCAUGACCACCCAGCUAGUAGCCAUCACCAACCAGGGCAGCGGCGUGCCCUGUCUCAGGGCCAUCUCCACUGGCACCACCAAACGGACUAUCCUCAUCCCCCAGCUUACCUACACAUACACCACUAAAGCAUGCAGCAACGCCACUGGGGCCGACGGAGCCCAGAAGACCGUCAUACUCAACGGCUGCCAGGAGGAGGAGAAGGCUGACACCAGUUCGGAGAGCGUGUCGGCUGUCGAGGAGCAGAACGACUCGGACUCAGCCCCUCCGCAGAGGAAGAUGCGUCGGCUGGAGAGCGGCAUGUACGCCUGUGACCUGUGUGACAAGAUCUUCCAGAAGAGCAGCUCCCUGCUCAGGCAUAAAUACGAACACACAGGAAAACGUCCACACGAGUGUGGCAUCUGCAACAAAGCCUUCAAACACAAGCACCACUUGAUAGAGCACACGCGUCUGCACUCCGGAGAGAAGCCUUACCGGUGUGACAAGUGUGGCAAGUGUUUCUCCCACUCUGGCUCCUACAGCCAGCACAUGAACCACCGAUACUCAUACUGCAAGAAGGAGCCCCAAGGAGAUCAUCAGGUGGGGCGUCGGCUCAGGAUGACCCCCGAAACGAGCCCCCGAGCAGAGGAGCAGCAGUCAGACAGCCGGCCCACCUCCCCUCCCUCCCAACUGGACUCAGACGAGAGGGAGAGUGAGGAGGAGCUGGAGGAAGAGGAAGGAGAGGAGGAAGGCAUGGAAGCCAUGAGCAUGGACGACAUACGGGUGGUGCAGGUGGGCGAGGACGGCGAAGAGGGUGAGAUCUACGAGGUGGAGGAGUUUGGAGAGGAGAGGCAAGAGGAGGAGGAAGAAGGGAGCAGAGAGGAGGAGGCACAGCAGGAAGAGGAGGAGGGACAGCAGGAAAAGGAGGAGGAAGGGAGGAGAGAGGAAGAGAAGUCUGUACAGCAGGAGCAGGUGUGUGAGGAAGAGGAGGAAGGG